UCGCACACACACACCCCCAGUGCACACAUGCAGCGUGCUCAGGAUGACACAGCCCACCACCGUGCUGAGCAUUUUCGCCAUGUUCCUCCACACCACUUUUGGGGAAAGUGGUUGCACCUCAGCAGACGGUGAUGGGACUCUCGGGGAUGAUGAACCAGACAAUUUUGACAUUGAUUGCUUCAGCCAGCUGGAAAUUAAGGACUCCUUCAGCAGCCUGACCUGCAAUUUCACCGAGCUGUCUCCUUACAACACUAACUACACCCUGUCUCUGUGUACCAAGGAAGACAACAAUUAUGCCUGCUCCAACAUGAAGAAGCAGGAAGAUGUAUUCUUCUUACAGUUCAUUGAUAUACUCUCAAACAGAGAUGUUUGCAUGUACUCUGAGACGAAGAGAAGGGUCUGCAGGAGUCUGGUUGUAACUGACAUUGUUAAGCCCGAGGUGCCAUUCGCUAUAAACAUCACAUAUGAAAGGGAGGCAAAUGAAUAUCUUAUUCGUUACUGUACACCACACUCAAGGAAGAAAUACUUAAAGGACAAAUUAGUGCACCAAGUAGCCUAUCGGCAGAAAGAAGGUACUUGGAAGACAAUAGAGUCACCAUACCUUCAGAUAAAAUUGCUGGGGAAAAACCUUGAAAAUGAAGCAUCGUAUGAAGUGAAAGUACGUUCUCAGCCCAAUGGAGAUUAUUUUAAGGGCACAUGGAGUGAAUGGAGCACUUCCACGAGCUUCAAAACAGCAAGAGAGCAGCACUCCUCAGAAAGCUACAGCAGUGUGGUCAUGGUUAUACUCUCCAUCCUGGGAUUCAUGCUGUCCGUUGUUAUGAUUGCACUGAUCGCAGUUUUUUGGGAAAACAGGAUCAAGCCUGCUGUAUGGCCAAACCUUCCUGACCAUAAAAAAACGCUGGAGCAACUAUGCAAGAAGCCAAAAAACAAUUUUGAUAUAAGCUUUAACCCAGAGAGUUUUGGUUAUGUUCAUAUCCAUAAAGUGGAUGGCCUUUGGGCAAAAGCUGAACUGGAAAAUUUUCUGCAGCCAUCAACUGCUCCAGAGACAAGCCUUCCAGAAAAAUUCAGGGGUGGAUCAGACCUGAAGACAAUCCCUGCGACAGCAGACAGAAACAACCUAAACCUGCCGGUGUCUUACGAAGGAGUCUGGCCAGCUGAAGCCCUGCACAGGCUCCUGGGCCCCAGCCAGUUUGCAGUCACCGAGGGCAGCUGCAGCUCCAGCACCUAUGAGGUUUGCCACGGCAACAGGGUGCCCCUGCACAACGAUGGUUUCAACAUUUCCUCCACUUGUCCCCUGGAUCCUUCCAGACAGCCCCAUCAAGAGCCCCUCAACGAGGACACCCGAUCCCAGAUGCUGCCUCACAGUGACAUAAGAUCACCAAACAAUGAGGAAGCCUAUGUCACAAUGUCCAACUUCUACAAAAUUCAGUAAAUCUCACAAGAAUUACAGCUUGCAAUUUUUUCUCUAACACAUGCAGGAUACUGAAGCUUUCUGGUUCUGUUUUCCUGUAUCCUGAAAGUUCCCACCUCCCUCUCGCACUCCGCUCAUGGUGCAAGGCUGGACCUGCAGGGAAGGGGCUUCUCCCACACAGCAAUGAGAAGUAGCCUGUCUCAGCAUUCGGUAUGCUGUUAGCAGUCUUCAUUGCAGCAGAAAUUAAAUUUAAUUAAACCUGAUUGUGAUCUUCAAAUCUGAUUAAUCCAGAACAGUGACAAUGCAGCCCCAGCUAAGGAUCACAACACGUCCCGUAGAAAUUAAUGAACUUUUUUGUUACCCUCUUGGUUACAAAGUUAAGCUCUUAUUAAUGUCUUAGCAAGAAAUAUGGCAAUAAAUUCCUUUUAAAUAGAA